AUGAGCAACCGUGAACCAACCCAAAUCUACAGCCAACCGGCCAACACAGGCUCAGGUAUUCACGAAAACACUCAACUCGCCUCCGCCAUCGAUGCACUCAAACAUCAUGCCAACCCCGUCCGGCUCGAAGAUUUCGCCCUCUCACAAGGUCUACCCGCCCUUCUCAACCCCAAUAGUGGCUUGUUUCAACGGUUCAAAUCGCACGAUCGGGUGAUGUACGAUACGAAAACAGAUUUAUGGAUGUACAAGCCCGACUACGAUUUGCGCACACCUGCCGAUUUAGUAGCUUUGCUUAAGGAGAGAUAUUUGAACCCGGGUAAUGGCGCAAGAAACUCUUCGGCGGCGGGAAUGAGAUUGGCAGAGUUGAGAGAGAGUUAUCCAGCAGCGAGAGAUGCGAUUGAGGAGCUGAGUAAGGUUGAGCCGAAGGAGGACAGAGAAGUGUUGGUGUUAAGAGGGCAGAAAGAUGGAGCGAUUAAGCAGGUGUUUUGGAAUCCGUUAAGAGGGAAGGAGGCUAAAGGCGUUGAUGAUGAAUUCAAAGAGCUCUGGCACGAACUCAAAGUACCCGACCUCGUCGAUUUGCCCAAGGAACUCGAAAGAGAAGGCCUCUCCACAACAGAUAUGCUCGAUGCGCCCAUCUCAGCCGCUCAAGCCGCCGCCAAUGCUAAGAACAAGAAGAAGAAAAAGGGCGCCGGCGCUCGUCGUUUCAAGCUCCAAAACACCCAUCUUGAAGGCGUCGAUCUUUCGCAGGAUUUCGUCCGGCCUUCUUGA